AUGUCAACAAGGCAAAAGACACCGAAGAAGCCCAAAGCGGCGAAGGAGGCGGAGAAGGAAGCAAGACAGCUUCCAACGUCUACAAUUCUAAAGAAUGUCGGGCGAGCAGCCGCGCUGCUGCUCAUUGCCGGCAUUGCUUCCCCAGUUUCCCAGUUGAACCUGUCGCCGGUAUACGGCUCUAUUCCCUCCUCACUCCAUCAUCAGAGGAGCAUGACUUUCACAGCUAUUGCAGCAUUGAUCGCGAGAAACUCGUUAAAGAAAUAUGUACCAGACUCCAUAGCGGAGUACAUUGCUGUAAUUGCAUACUGGACGCCAGUAAUUCAAUUCUUCCUGUUUCCGUACAGCAGUCAGCUCGGCAUCGAAUAUGGACCGCUCAUCAUAGAGUCAGCGACAUACUUUCCUGUACUCUUCCUAUCGGUAUACGCCGCUUUCGACCUACUGGACUGCAUCGAUCUCAGCCAAUUUAAUCUCCCUAACACGGUCAAGCAAAUCCUGCUCCCUAUGGCAUCUUACUUCACCGUAUCCACCACGGCCAAGAUCGCCAGUGCAACCCUCCCCUCGCUCGUCGGAAACCACAUCUACUUCACCCGAAUCGGGUUUCAAAUGCUUCUUGGCUCCGUCUCAGCCUUCCUUACACCCUCGCGCGUCAUCCUCUUCGCUUUCCCCGCAAUCCUUCACACCCUCUGGGCAAACCCGCACCACCCCUCUGAAUCCGCUUUCAUCAAGGCAAAUGCUACGUUAGCUUCUACGCAGAAUUUCACCAUCCUUGCCCGCCAAGAAUCAAACACUGGAUACGUCUCCGUGCUCGAGAAUCAUGCCGACAUCGCCUUCCGCAUCCUGCGCUGCGACCACUCCCUCCUUGGCGGCGAAUGGCUCGUAACCCCCGAAGCGUACAAAAACGGCCAGCGCCAGCGCGAAACAAUAUUCUCCGUUUUUGUGCUUCUCGAAGCCGUGCGGCUCGUCAAAAACACUGCUGCUGAUGACAAAACCAUCGUACUACCAGAUGAGAAAAAGUCCGCCCUCGUCGUAGGCCUCGGCAUCGGCACCGCGCCCAACGCCCUCAUUGCCCACGGCAUCAACACCACCAUCGUCGAGCUCGACCCCGUAGUCCACCACUACGCCUCCAAAUUCUUCAACCUCAGCCCUAACCACAAUGCUGUUAUCGACGAUGCAGUCGCCUACGUAGAUCGCACAUCCCGUGCGAAGCCCAAGAUCUACGACUACAUCAUCCACGACGUGUUCACCGGUGGCGCGGAGCCCGCCGCGCUGUUCACGAAGGAGUUCCUCACAGGUCUAUAUGAUCUGUUGACCGAUGACGGUGCCGUAGCAAUCAACUACGCCGGGGACCUCGCGCUUGGCUCCACCCAGCUCGUCCUCAACACAAUACACACUGUGUUCCCUGCGUGCCGCCUCUUCCGCGACCAACCUCCCUCCUCGGACCACAAACCUGGCGACCCGGACUUUAUCAACAUGGUCGUCUUUUGCCUCAAGAAAGAUAACGGGAAAGGCAAGAAAGCGCUCACCUUCCGCGCUGCUACAGAGAAAGACAUCAUGGAGAGCUUGGCGCGGAGGAGUUAUCUACAGCCGAAGAAGGAGUUGGAGAUUAAUUAUGAGUAUGUGCCAAGGAGCCAAGGGGGUAGGGAGAUGACGAGGGCGGAUGUCGGUGAGUUGGAAAAGUACCAUAAAGAAGGGGCAGUGAGUCAUUGGAGGAUUAUGAGGACGGUGUUGCCGGAUGGGGUUUGGGAGAUGUGGUAA